GUUUACAUCCAAGGUUCAAAUGACACGAGAUAUGGCGAAGAGGGGCGGAGUGCCCGCCGUGUGUUAAUCGCGCACCCCCUCGCCAAUCCGCCGCCCAAGCUACAACUAACGUUACCUCGCUGCUUACUUUGGCCUUCAACAACCUGAGCAAAACAAACCAAUAAAGCAGCAAUGUGCUCCAUCUCACCCUUCCCUGUCUCUGACUCACUUGUAAUGGCAGAACCACGCAGCCUUAUCUCCGCCUCCAUCCCCCAGACACCCCCUGGCAUCAUCAUGCCCCCAGCCGACGGCAGCGGCACAGGGGUGAUGAUGGACCCCAUAGAGUACACCCUACGCAAGCGUCUCCCCAGGAAGCUGCCCAAGCGCCGCAACGACGUGUACGUCAACAUGAAGACAGACUUCCGGGCCCAGUUGGCCCGCUGCCAAAAGCUGCUCGAAGGAGGAGGCCACGGAGAGAUCCGUGUCCACGGUCUGGGCCUGGCCAUCAACAGGGCCAUCAACAUUGCCCUGCAGCUCCAGGCCAGUAGCCAGGGGGCGCUACAGCUGGAAGCCAACACGUCUACAGUGGAGCUGCUGGACGAUAUGGAGCCUGAGGAUCCUGACGAGGCGGGGGAACCCAUGGCGCGCUCCCGGAAUAACUCUGCUAUUCAUAUCAAAGUGUUCUACCCAGACUCACAGUGACCCGAAACACAACUAUCGUCCCUAGCUUGGAUAUGGCUAACUACCUCCAUUGAUGUGUUGUCUGUAAUAUCCUACUGAUGGAGUCGAGUCAUAUCAGGGGUACACCUAUUCCAUCCACCUGCAGUGGCUAAGACUGACAGUGUUGUUUAGAUGCAGGGAUAAUUAUCUAUCCACUAUUGGAAUCUCUUUCUCAGUUUUGUUACAUAUUUUGUCAUGCAUGAUGUCAGUCAGAGCAGUGCAUUUGUCAGUAUCAAGAGUGUGUUGUUUCAUGGCAUCGUCAUUUCCAGACAAUCCCUUACUGCCUGAAACAAACUCCCAUAGGAAAUGGGACAGACCAGACUAAGACCAACUCAUACAAGCUACAAUACACCUGUUCCCCAUGUGGGAAUAUGUUUAAUCUCUGAAAAGGAUGUGGAUUUGAAUCUUUCAUUAAAUGUAUUUGUUACACGUUUUUUGUUUCUUGUGGUAACACUGAAUAUUAUUUUGACCAUGGGAAAUGAGUAAUACUUCAGUCAUUUCUGGUCAAAUUGAAGUUUACAAACCAAGUCUGGGCAUGAGACAUGCCAAUCAUAUGUUUUACCUACCGAUUCCAUACAUGGAAAUCUAGCUCUGUGGAAGAGUCAAUAAACGUUAUUUUUUUAUUUGA